GGCAAGGCUCAACGGACUGUCUCUAUUGGUGGACAGUCCCAGUCCAAAAUCAAGCGGCAGUUGCUUACGUGCCUGCGGGUGGGCCACACACCCAUACUUCCUCUUGUACUCCACCCCUACCUACUGCCGUUCAUCUCUACACUCAUAUGUCGUCUCGUUCUUCGCCAUAAAAAUUCUCUCCUCUCCCGGAAAAUGUUUCCCGGCAGAGCUUUGUUUGCCGCACUUCUGUGUUUUUCUUUGACAAUUCAGCUGGGCGUGUCGUUCGCGCCUUUCAAUGUGAGCUACGAUCACAGAGCUCUCCUCAUCGAUGGCAAGCGGCGGAUGCUUGUUUCCGCCGGUAUUCAUUACCCUCGGGCCACUCCCGAGAUGUGGCCUGAUCUUAUUGCAAAGAGCAAGGAAGGUGGGGCAGAUGUUAUCCAAACUUAUGUAUUCUGGAAUGGGCAUGAGCCAGUUAGACGACAGUAUAACUUUGAAGGAAGAUAUGAUAUUGUCAAGUUUGUGAAGCUAGUGGGAUCUAGUGGGCUGUAUCUCCAUCUCCGCAUUGGUCCUUAUGUUUGUGCCGAAUGGAAUUUCGGGGGCUUCCCUGUGUGGCUACGUGAUAUCCCUGGUAUAGAAUUUAGAACAGACAAUGCACCAUUCAAGGAUGAAAUGCAGCGAUUUGUUAAAAAGAUAGUGGAUCUGAUGCAGAAGGAAAUGCUUUUCUCUUGGCAAGGUGGUCCAAUUAUCAUGUUGCAGAUUGAGAAUGAAUAUGGAAAUGUUGAAAGCUCAUUUGGUCAGAGAGGGAAGGACUAUGUUAAAUGGGCUGCUAGAAUGGCUCUUGAGCUUGAUGCUGGGGUUCCUUGGGUCAUGUGUCAGCAAGCUGAUGCUCCUGAUAUUAUUAUAAAUGCCUGCAACGGAUUUUAUUGUGAUGCCUUUUGGCCAAAUUCAGCAAACAAACCCAAACUCUGGACAGAGGAUUGGAACGGAUGGUUUGCAUCUUGGGGUGGAAGAACACCUAAGAGACCAGUUGAGGACAUCGCAUUUGCAGUUGCUCGGUUUUUUCAACGUGGAGGGAGCUUUCAUAAUUAUUAUAUGUAUUUUGGUGGGACAAACUUUGGCCGUUCUUCUGGAGGCCCAUUCUAUGUUACUAGUUAUGAUUAUGAUGCUCCCAUUGAUGAAUACGGCCUUCUGAGUCAACCUAAGUGGGGACACUUGAAGGAGCUGCAUGCUGCUAUAAAGCUUUGUGAACCUGCUCUAGUUGCUGUUGAUUCACCCCAGUAUAUCAAAUUGGGGCCCAUGCAGGAGGCACAUGUGUACCGUGUAAAGGAAAGCUUGUACUCAACUCAGUCUGGAAAUGGAAGCAGCUGCUCAGCAUUCCUUGCAAAUAUUGAUGAACAUAAAACAGCUUCUGUGACAUUCCUGGGUCAAAUAUAUAAAUUACCACCAUGGUCAGUGAGUAUAUUACCUGACUGCAGGACCACGGUUUUCAACACCGCCAAGGUUGGGGCACAGACUUCCAUCAAAACUGUAGAGUUUGAUUUGCCGCUUGUCCGAAACAUUUCUGUAACUCAACCCUUAAUGGUUCAGAAUAAAAUUUCCUAUGUACCAAAAACCUGGAUGACUCUGAAGGAGCCAAUAAGUGUUUGGAGUGAGAACAAUUUCACCAUCCAAGGUGUAUUGGAGCAUUUAAAUGUGACAAAGGACCAUUCCGAUUACCUAUGGCGCAUCACCAGAAUAAAUGUGUCUGCUGAAGACAUCUCAUUUUGGGAGGAAAACCAAGUUAGCCCAACACUUUCAAUUGAUAGCAUGCGUGACAUCUUGCACAUUUUUGUUAAUGGCCAGCUUAUAGGCAGUGUCAUUGGUCAUUGGGUCAAGGUGGUGCAGCCAAUUCAGUUAUUGCAAGGAUACAAUGAUUUAGUGUUAUUAUCUCAGACAGUGGGUUUGCAGAAUUAUGGUGCCUUCCUUGAGAAAGAUGGAGCAGGGUUUAAAGGCCAAGUUAAAUUGACCGGAUUUAAAAAUGGGGAAAUUGACCUCUCAGAAUACUCAUGGACUUACCAGGUUGGACUAAGGGGCGAGUUCCAGAAAAUCUAUAUGAUAGAUGAAAGUGAGAAGGCAGAAUGGACUGAUUUGACGCCUGAUGCAAGUCCAUCGACAUUUACUUGGUACAAGACAUUCUUUGAUGCCCCUAAUGGGGAAAACCCAGUUGCCCUUGAUUUGGGAAGCAUGGGAAAAGGCCAGGCCUGGGUCAAUGGCCAUCAUAUAGGAAGAUAUUGGACUCGGGUGGCCCCAAAGGAUGGAUGUGGCAAAUGUGAUUAUCGUGGACACUAUCAUACAUCCAAGUGUGCAACAAAUUGUGGAAAUCCUACUCAGAUAUGGUACCACAUACCACGGUCAUGGUUACAGGCAUCAAACAACUUACUUGUCCUCUUCGAGGAAACAGGAGGAAAGCCAUUUGAGAUUUCAGUCAAGUCCCGUUCUACCCAAACUAUCUGUGCUGAAGUGUCGGAGUCCCACUACCCAUCUCUCCAAAACUGGUCCCCUUCAGAUUUCAUAGAUCAAAAUUCAAAAAAUAAAAUGACUCCAGAAAUGCACUUGCAAUGUGAUGAUGGUCACACAAUCUCCUCCAUAGAAUUUGCUAGCUAUGGAACUCCUCAAGGUAGCUGCCAAAUGUUUUCCCAAGGCCAAUGCCAUGCACCCAAUUCAUUGGCCCUGGUAUCCAAGGCUUGCCAGGGAAAAGGGAGCUGUGUCAUCAGAAUUUUAAACUCUGCAUUUGGAGGUGACCCAUGUCGAGGCAUUGUUAAGACAUUGGCUGUUGAGGCUAAAUGUGCACCAUCAUCAACUACCAGUUCCUCUCAGCUCUGAAGGGGUAUGCAAUUUCAUUCAAUCAAAAGAAUUACAGCCUUCAGCCUAAUGCCCAACAACAUAGCCUUUCUUCCAUGGGAGCUUGUCCAUAUGUACAUGGUUGCUGUGAUGGAACCUGGAGCAGGUUCUAUCUUGUUCUUCUGUUUUAGGGCAGUGUAUGACUAUUGAUAAUGAGUGCUUGUCUGAUGACUUGAGUGUGUGUAUAUGAAAUAAGAAUGCAGCCAGAAUUUCUAUGGUUGACUUGUAUGUUUAUAUGCGAAAUAAGAAUGAAGUCAAAUCCUUCUACAA